UGAAGUGUAAGGUGGAUGCAGAGUAGGAGGCGUAUUUUAGCUCGCGCAUACGCAAAGGGCACCGCGUCGUGCAACAGCGCUGCUUCGCGAAAAUACUGGGUCCGCAAGAAACAAACGUGUGAUACCGUCUAACGGGGCGCACCAUUGUGUGACAUACCUUCAAACCGACGUCGGAUCGCUUCCCACUGCAUCCUUAGGAGCAGAUUCUCCACAUUUUUUGUUUUUCCCCCCCCUUUUUUACUUUCAGAGCACACUAAUAUAUCAAGAGCGCCUUUUCAUUCACAAGUAUACGCAAAACAGACCGGUCCUCCAUUUGCUCCGCUUUCAUUUAAGGAACAAUGGGGAAACAGAACAGCAAGCUGACCCCUGAAGUGAUGGAGGACCUGGUGAAGAAUACAGAGUUCAAUGAGCAUGAACUCAAGCAGUGGUACAAGGGCUUCUUGAAGGACUGCCCCAGCGGCCGCCUCAACCUGGACGAAUUUCAGCAGCUGUAUGUCAAGUUUUUCCCAUAUGGAGACGCGUCCAAGUUUGCCCAGCACGCUUUUAGGACCUUCGACAAAAACGGAGACGGCACCAUUGACUUCCGGGAGUUCAUCUGUGCCCUGUCCAUCACGUCCCGAGGCAGCUUUGAGCAGAAGCUCAACUGGGCCUUUAACAUGUAUGACCUAGACGGCGAUGGCAAAAUCACACGGGUGGAGAUGCUGGAGAUCAUAGAGGCGAUUUAUAAGAUGGUGGGCACUGUAAUCAUGAUGAAGAUGAAUGAAGACGGCUUAACUCCUGAGCAGCGUGUGGACAAGAUUUUCAGCAAGAUGGAUAAGAACAACGAUGACCAGAUCUCACUAGACGAGUUCAAAGAGGCAGCAAAGAGUGACCCGUCCAUCGUACUACUCCUGCAGUGUGACCUCCAGAAAUGAAGGGGGCACUCAAGCGGCCAUGGACUGCACAGAAGUUUAAUGUUCCAUCCAGUUUGCAGCUAUUUCCACUGAAAAAUAUUGCUUGGACUAUCUUUCAAUGGAUCUGCUUUUUGUGUUUGAAACACUUGUGUGCAUGAGAAUGUCAUUUACUGAAGAAUUUACACAUAAACACACACAGAUGUGCAGACACAAACUUGCCUAAAAUAUUUACAUGCAUCAAAUUUCUAAAAUAUAUAUAUAUAUGUAAUAUUUAUAAAAUGAUAAAAAAAAUGCCAAAAUGUGAAGUGUAUAAUGUAAUUCUCAUCCAUUUCCCUUCCUCUGGAGCUUCUGCGCAUCUUCGAUGUGCUACGUUAAAUUAUGCUAUUAAUUGUUCAUAUUUAUUGACGCUAGCUGUGUGUUUCAUAUACUAAGCAAUGUUAACCAAAUCAAGUUUCCAUGGUAAUGUAACUGUUUCUAAUCAACCACGUAUCCGUUUUCCUACCAAUUAGAUGCGGACGUACGGGGGCGUGAUUCCCGAUUCACCUGAGUGCUCCCUUCAAAACGUGCUUGUGCUGUCGGUGAAUAUAAAUGUGGUUAAUUUGCAUGCCGUUAGGUUCUGCCUUAAAACCUAUCUUGUUUUGCAUCGUAUAAAAUUAUUCAAGACAAAGCCUUAUCAAACAAAUGCAGUUUUAAAAGUUCAUGAUGAGAAAUAAAAUAGCAAAUGUCACAUUGCACUAGGUAAUGGCAUUAAAAGUUUAUAAGUGUAGUUUACAAUAUUGUAUGGGAUAUAUAUUUGUGAUUUGUAAAGUCACUUUUACUGCUUUAACUGUGGGAGCAUGUUUCCAUAUUGAUUCCCGUAUGUGACGCUAAAAUUAUCCUAGCACUCUGAUUUAAAGUAUGUACCUCUGAACGCCUAUAGUAGCCUACUGGACUAAUACAAAAAUAUAACUAGUCACGUAACAGAAAACCAGGAGUAGCUGGGUAUAGAACACUAGCACAAAAAGGAGGAAACAAACACUUUGCACAUUAUGCAAAACUGCCGUGAUCAAAGAGCCAAGGAUUAAAAUGCCUCUUAUCAGGGCAUAGUCUGUAACGAGGACCAGUUAGAAUUCCUCCAAAGGGAGAGGAGGAAAAAAAGAAAACAACAGGUGGCUUUUCAGGUUUAACGUUACGUGCUAAGCAGUGCUGGCCAUCUGAUAACCAAGUGCCAGCACUGACCAGCAGGCAGGGCGGACUGCGAUCGUGAUAAAAACCACAAGCAUUCAUUGCCAGCGAAUGGAACACGUGAGAGGAAGCUACAGCAGCAUGCAUUCGGAGUGCAGUUUCCCCAUCCCUAUGUUUGUCUCGUUCUUCAUUCCAACAUGUAUAAGGCAUCCUGGGCUGAAACACCUGCUGGGCGCCAUUCCCCGUUGGCUUCUUACGACGGAAAACUCCACAUGCCAUUUCAUUUUGGUACGCAGCCCGUCCAAACCCUAGUGCGAUAUUAUUACGUAAGUGUCUAUUUUUUCAGUUUCGUUUCGAAGUAUUUAUAUGGGCAACAUUACUGCUGGCUUGAAGGAACCAUCCAAUAUCGUAGGAGAGAGUUUAAUAUUUGGGGGAGGGUGUCCCCCCCUGGUUUCUAUGCCCCGGGAAUCCUACAAAUCAUUUUGCAGACCACGGUCUAAUGAAAAUUAAAGAAUUAAAGAUGAAGGAUAUUACAGCUUUCCCAAUUCUCAGUGAACUGAUCAGACCACAGUCACUGCAAUUCUCUAUGCUCCUUUCGUUUGGCGAAGGAUUAACGUUGGGCAAGAGAAAACACUGCCUAGAAGGGUAUACUAGGGACCCAAACCUCAUCUAUCAUCUUUAAUUAAAACAGUUAGUAAACAAAGCAUAACAUGGAUAGUGAUACAGAAACAGGCUGAUACAAAAUGUGAAAAGGUGUAUUUUUCAAUACAGAAUUUCAAAUCACAGCAGCUAUGGGAAAUAUUUUGUACAUUUAGCAUGUAUUAUGCCCCAGAUAACAUGACUGAACUAUUUCUUGUGUCGUGGUUUAAAUAAAACAUCAACGGGC